AUGAUACUUGGUGUAAUCCUGCACGUCCAGCAGCUGAUCGGUAAUCCAGAAGAAGUUUCCCCUCAGUUAGGGGGGAGCUCCACUUUGAAGCAGGAGACUCCACAACCACCCUGCAUUAAAAAGGAAGAGGAGGAACUCUGCAUCACUCAGGAGGGAGAGUGUCUUCUAGGACGAGAGGAAGCUGAUUACACCAAGUUUCCACUGAGUAUUCUCUCUGUGAAGACUGAAGAUGAUGAAGAGAAACCACAAGUAGACAACCUCUUAGCUCCACUAUCAGAUAGUGAGGCUGAAGACGAGGUUGAAGAACCUUUGAGCAGUGAUAAAGACUGUGAAGGUGAUAUGAGGACUCACACUGACAACAAACACUCUGAGUGCUCUUCAACGAAGAAAGGUAAACCAUCUUUGAGCUGCUCAGUUUGUGCUAAAAGUUUUACUAAAAAGUGCCAUUUGACUCGACACAUGAGAACACACACAGGUGAAAAAUCAUUUAGUUGUUCAGUUUGUGGCGUAAGCUUUUCUGAAAAUAGCCAUUUGACUGCACACAUGAGAACACACACAGGAGAAAAACCAUUUAAUUGUUCAGUUUGUGGCGUAAGCUUUUCUCAAAAUAGCCAUUUGACUCGACACAUGAGAACACACACAGGAGAAAAACCAUUUAAUUGUUCAGUUUGUGGCGUAAGCUUUUCUGAAAAUAGCCAUUUGACUGCACACAUGAGAACACACACAGGAGAAAAACCAUUUAACUGUUCAGUUUGUGGUCAUAAUUUUUCUGUUAAGAGGAAUUUGACUGAACACAUGAGAACACACACAGGUGAAAAACCAUUUAGUUGUUCAGUUUGUGGCAAAAGCUUUUCUGUUAAGAGAAGUUCGAUUAUACACAUGAGAACACACACAGGUGAAAAGCCAUAUAUGUGUUCAGUUUGUGGCAGAAGAUUUUCUGUUAAGAACAUAUUGACUCGACACAUGAGUACACACAAUGGAGACAAAACAUUUAGUUGCUCAGUUUGUGGCAAAAGCUUUUCUUCUAAGAGGAAUUUGACUGAACACAUGAAAACACACACAAGAGAGAAAACAUUUAGUUGUUCAGUUUGUGGCAAAAGCUAUUCUAUUAAGAGCAUGUUGACUCCACACAUGAGAACACACACUGGAGAAAAACCAUUUUCUUGUUCAGUUUGUGGCAAAAACUUUUCUGUUAAGAUGAAUUUGAUUGAACACUUUAGAUCACACACAGGUGAAAAACCAUAUAAGUGUUCAGUUUGUGGCAAAAACUUUUCUUAUAACAGCUCUUUGUGUCGACACAUGAGAAGAACACCCUGUAGAAAAAACAUUUAGUUGUAAAACAGGAGUAAAAUAAGCAAUCAGUAACCCCACUUAAAAUGCAGCAUGAGACACUGCACACUGAUAUAGUUCUGUGAAAAUGAUUGUCUUCUGUGCAAAUGUAAAGAAAGUGAACUGUGUGUGAUUUACUGCAAUACUGUCAGUCUGUUCACUUUUUAUUUGUGCUUUGUUGAAAUUGUUCACACAUUGCACAGCUUUUAUUUUUCUAUCAAUACACAUUAUGUCUAGAAGACAGGAAGUAACUCAACACUCUUGAAUAGUUUCUACCUCAGUUUUGGUUUGUUGAGUUAGCACAGGAUUAAUAUGUGGAAAUGACAAAUGAGGCAGUUGAUACAUGGAAUAGUUUUUAUUGAUGCUUUAUUUUGUUUUUUGUUCAAACCUUGAUGGGUUGUGACUUAAAGUUUAAUUGCUUUGUAGAAACA